AUGCGGGCAAUAUCACUUGUCCUUGCGGCAAGUCUCACCUCAUCGGUGAUCGCCCAAACCUAUCAGCGGCUCGGGGGCUGCCCUGAUUUGGGUUGCGUGUUUCCGCCUGACCAGGCCGACUUUCUAGCGGGGCAAUACUUCGAUAUUCGCCUCGAAGUCCACUCACCCGUGAAUGGCUCCGAAGCUCGUACUGGAGAACCUGAUCCAAACUUUACAUUUACCAUCUCGAAGAAGGGGGGUCAUCCGGUCUCUGCAACGAAGUACUUCAAGACGAGCGAGCCAGAGCUGGAACAAUGGACUUUUGACUGGUAUGAAGAUCUUUUCGCGGAAGACGCGGACACGCCAUCCGUGGUCAACGUUACUUCAAAGGCAUACAGAAGAGUUGCACUUUACGAGCCAGGAGAGUAUGAAGCUACACUUACAUACUAUGGGAAUCAAAAAACAGUUGCAAAUUGGCUUGUUCGCGACAUUCCGUCUAAAAGACGGGCAAAGAAUGUCAUCCUUUUCGUCGGAGAUGGAAUGACUACCAACAUGAUUACAGCGGCGCGGCUCAUGGCGCACCGGAGUAUCAACGGCAAGUAUAUGACCAAGAUGGCUCUGGAUAAAUUUCCUGUGUUAGGCCACCAGAUGACACAUUCUAUGGAUUCGUUUAUUACCGAUUCGGCUAACUCGGCCACUGCCCUCUACUCGGGACACAAAACAACCGUUAACGCUUUGAAUGUCUACAUCGAUUCUUCCGAGGACCCUUUUGAUGAUCCCAAGUUUGAGACCAUCGCCGAAAUUUUCAAGCGUCAUUAUCCGCAUGGGGGUGUUGGAAUUGUUUCGACUGCAUUUUUGGCCGAUGCCACCCCCGCUGCGUUGACAGCCCACACAAGCACGCGAGGCGAGUAUGACCACGUUAUCAGCACUUACUAUGAAGGCCUGACCAACUACACAUGGACAAAGCUGGAGGGUGGCCCUGAUGUGAUCCUCGGAGCAGGCGCUGAGAAUUUCUUGGAGAGUGAAGACGCCCCGCGAGACUAUUACAAACUAUUUGCCGAUAAAGGUUACAACCUGGCUUGGAACAACACGGCCCUGGAAAAAGCAGCCACCGAUGAGAAGCUUCUGGGUGUUUUCCAAACCUCAAACCUCGCGACUUGGCUUGAUCGCAAUGUCUAUCAGGCAAACCUCCUCAAUCACAGCAAUUACCCCGAUGGCUCAGGUCGGGAUGCCGAUGAUCUCCCCGGACUUAAAGACAUGACUCUGAAGGCGAUUGAUGUGCUCCAUAAACGACACAGUCGGGAGGGCUGGUUCAUGAUGUCCGAGGCUGCGAGUAUCGACAAGCAAAUGCACACCUUGGACUACGAUCGAGCCCUUGGUGAACUUCUCGAACUCGAUGAUACUGUGCGCGCAACUAUUGAAAAGCUUGAGGAACUUGGGCAGCUUGAAGACACCCUCAUUGUCGUCACGGCUGACCACGGUCACGGCUUCGACGUUACCGGCUCGGUCGACACUCAGUACCUAAAGGCACAGGAGGAUGAUCGAGACAAACGCCGAGCGAUCGGGUACUACGAAAACUCUGGACUAUCGCAGUACACAGUGACUGGGCCCAAUUCUCUCCGCUACUCUGAGGGUGUCCAUUUCCCUGCACGCUGGGACCCGCGAUAUACGCUCCACUCGGGCGUGGUCGCCUUCCCUGAUCACCGAGAAAAUUAUGAGGUGCAUAGUGAUGGUCCUCGGACGCCUGCAGAGGCUAUAAAUGGCGGGAGUAACGGAUACUACGCUUCCUACAAGGAUGCUGUCACUGGGUUCCUAAUUAAUGGAACUCUACCCGUUGAUGCAGGCCAGGGAGUACACUCAUUGACAGAUGUGCCCGUAUUUGCACGGGGCCCAUGCCAAGAAUUAUUUGGUGGAGUGUCAAAUUCCAUUGACAUUUUCUUCAAUAUGGCUGAGUGCCUGGGAUUGUCGGAGGUGGAGCACAAAACUGGACACUGA